UUCUUUUUUGUACAGCUUGCGCUCGAAAAGUUGUGGUGGACAGAUUUUGAGGCGGUACACGUGGACCGGAGUUUGCCAGGGAUCAGGUACUGAGCUCACAGUGGUUAGCGUUGUAGAUUUCGGGAAGUAACCGUACGGGUUACUGUUUACGUACGAUCUUAAUGCCACGGUAAACACCGGAUUCAACAUACUUCCAAGAACAUCGCCACCUGGCCACCUGUCACAUUCGUCAAUCGCUCGCCACGUUUGCGAUGUAUUCUCGUCAUGCAACUUCGGAUUCGUAAACAAUGUUUAGCCUUAGGCUACAAGUAUAUCGGUUGAUUAAAGUCACCGGUAAUUAACUAGCUACCUGGCUGGGAAUACCGUGAAGGCGAUACCACCGAGAACAGCUCAGCCAUGUCGCCAACUAACAAAGAAGAGAUUCUCCACAUAGGACCAAACACAAUGAUCGCGGAGCAGCUCAAAAGCGGAACUCAAAGCAUGCUGAAAUACGCCUCACUAGUGACGCUGACAGUCCAGAAUGCAGCGCUCAACCUGACGAUGCGAAUGGCUCGCACACAGAAGGAUCUGUUCAUCUCGAGCACAGCGGUCAUCAUGGCAGAGGUCAUCAAGCUCAUCACUUGCUUGGUCAUGGUCCGCUUGGACGAAGGUAGCUUCCAGAAGUGGCGGACCGCUUUGCAUCGCACUGUAGUGCUGCAGCCCUUCGACACGCUCAAGGUGGCCAUACCUUCUCUUGUCUACAACAUCCAGAACAACCUGCUUUAUGUAGGUGCUACACACCUUGAUGCUGCCACUUGCCAGGUGACGUACCAGCUGAAGAUCCUGACCACGGCGGUCUUCUCGCUUGCCCUUCUCCAGAAGAAGAUCUCCAAAACACAGUGGGCGGCGCUGUUCGUCCUCUUCGCCGGCGUCGCACUCGUGCAGCUGGCCCAACUCGGCGCUCCCGCCCCAAACCCUUCGGGCCACGUCCAGCGCCCGAUGGUCGGCUUCCUCGCUAUCGUGGCCGCCUGCUGCCUAUCCGGCUUCGCGGGCGUGUACUUCGAGAAGAUCCUGAAGGGCAGCGACGUGUCCGUGUGGAUGCGCAACGUACAGCUCAGCACGUUUGCGGUGCCCUUCGGACUCUUGACGACGCUCGUGAGCGACUACGAGGAGGUGCACACGCGGGGUUUCUUCCACGGGUACAACGCUCUCAUCUGGACGGUCAUACUGCUCCAGGCCCUGGGGGGGCUGCUCGUCGCAGUGGUGGUGAAGUAUGCGGACAACAUCCUCAAGGGUUUUGCCACCUCGCUUGCCAUCGUCCUCUCGUGCGUGGUGUCGGUGUACGCCUUUGAGUUCCAGCUCACGGGCAAAUUUGUGGUCGGUGCCGGCCUGGUGAUGGGGUCGAUAUUCCUGUACAGCAAGCCGCCAUCUCCGACCGCCUCGCUCCACUCUAGGAGGGUGUAAGUUUGCAUGUGUGGAUCGCGCGAGGUGCCUUUUUGUGGCCGGAGCGAAUGAUGGGCGAGUUGGGAGCAGUCGCGCCGACAGAGCCAAAGAGUGUGAGGGUGGUUGUAUCUGUUGAGUCGGGGUUGCUUGGGCUGCCGGUGUGCGUGUUUUUGAGGAGAGAAGUGCGUGGAUUACGAAAGGGUAAUUUACCUCCGUCAUGUAUGUCUUGCCUACUCUUGAGGAAUGUAGGUUUGUGAAGAGUUGUAUUGUACACUACCGUAUUUUCUGGUGUAUAGUCCGCGGACUAUACAUGUUUAAAGGUUCAUAUUUUGUGCUGCGCAAACUAUACACAGGUGCACACUAUACACGGUUCGUUUUAUUUUUUCUUCUAAAGCUUCAUGUUUGACGCUGUGCGGAUUAUACACAACCUAUUUUUUCUAAAUGUUGAUAUUUCGUGCCUUGCAGACUAUACACCAACAUGCAGCCCUGACGUCGGGCUGCUGCGGUGGCGCUGCUGUGCACGUUUGUAAGUAUGGCGUCAGGGCGCCGGCCAUCGUGCUCACCUGUGGUACGCUUGGGCGCGGCCAUAAUCCGAUAAUGGCCGUGCCCAAGCGCACUCCAAUUAAGCAAGAUGGCGGUGGCCUGAGGUUGUACUUGCAAACGUGUAUUGGCAGGGCACAUGUGCAGACGCUCUACUUCACACGAAUCUGGUUCCCAGGCAUGUGCAGUGCCCACACCUCGUGUCGGCUUGUUUGUAAACAGUGCAUUGGCCCAUACACGAGGUCAUUGGUUCCGGGCUUUCGUUUUCUGUUUCAACAGAACAGUAAAGCAGGGUCAUAGUUGCACUGUUUCCCUUGCCCUCAGCUGAAAUUGGCGACUAUGAACUAUACACUGGGUGCAAACUAUCUAAGGAAUUUAUUUUUUUUUCGCGGAAAGAGGUUUUUGCGGAAUGGGGUUUUAAUUUUCACCCAAGAAAUGUGUCCUCCAAAAUUAACACGAAGUGUGUUUUUGUGUAAAAGUGGGCAUUAGUAGGAUGCCUGGGACAUGUAGCUUUUUUUUUUUUUAUCAAUGCAACCAUCAUACACUUUUUUGUGUUUUAACACGACGUGCAUUGUGCCAAUGCAUCGGUCGUAAAUAUUAAACAGUGUUUUCCUACUCAUGAAUCCUUGAGUUUCACAGUAGUGCUUCGUGGCUUGCUAGGAAUAUGCUGUUGGGCCACAAAUAUAUGUGCGAAGUAUAGUGUAAGAUGAUGGUACAUAAAUUUGCAAUGGAUGGGUUACAUUUUUGUUUCAAUAGGUGGUUCUUUUUAAGUUGUUAGUGUUUGUACUGCUCCAAUUCGUAUUUUUCUUGUACACUAGAUAGGCACUGUAUGAGCUUAAUCUUUAUUGAUCAUUUAUUUGGCAUUGGUUUACCAAAGAUCUUUGUUCAGUGUUUUUUUUUGGACAGGCAUGUAGCAAUAUAGAGAGUAAUUCUCUUUUGAUUGCUUACUUAAAAAUCGUUUGCUGUCAGUUAAAAAAAGAAAUGUAAUGCCAAAUAUGGUAUUGUGAGAUUCAGUUUGCCUCUUAUUAUUUUAAAGGGCUGCCUUUGCUGUUGUAUAGCAGGAGUUUAUGGAAGAUCUCUAUGGUUUAUGGGUUUUUCUCCUAAACAUGAACUUUGUUAAACAAAGUGACAUCUGAUGAAUAAGUGAUGUAGGAUCCUAAAGUUCUAGGACUGGGUUCCAAGGCAACACUUGUGUAUGCACGUCCACGGUAAUCUUUUUAUUUAGAUUACGACAUAACUCCCCUUGUACAAAGAUGUGAUUUUAGGUCACACAGUCACUACGGUACAUCGGGUGUUGAGAGCUGCUCUGUGACUACUAAAAAAUAUAAUUUAUUGAAUAGCAUAUUAACAUUAAACUUUGCGUUUGUUUAAGGAGAAAUGCAUCAGAAAUUUACAACAUAUUGAAGGAGGCUUAUGGCGAAUACAUAUAGUCAUUCAAAAGCCAGCCUUUAAACAGUCUUGACGGUUCAGGGACGGCAAGAAAAAGAAGAUGGCGAAUGUGGCGGGCUACCAGUGACGGCUCCCUCACAGGUCGUUCCUGGUUUCUUACGUCCUUGUCUGAACAAGGCGAGAACGUUAGUUGGGUGUUGGAGGGCAAUAUGCCCUCCAACACCCAAAUUACUCACAUGACCUCGCAGCCUGCGACUUCCAGCUGUUUCCAGAGCCCAUGGCCUUCAGGGUCUUCUGUUUUCGAGUGCAGAAAAAGAAUAGACACAUCGGCUGGUUGAACUAAAGGUCAUUGCAAAGAUCAGUUUCCAGAAAUGCUUUGACGAGUACUUCAGUGUGUCGAGGAAGGGCAUGUUCUGAAGGAGAAUGUGUUUCGGUUUUGUAUAUCUAAGAAUCCUGGACACUUGAACCCAGUCCCAGAAUUUUUGCACCUUGCUUCACAUUUAAGAUGUAAGAGAGAAUGUUUUUUUUUUUUUCUUUUUUUGGUGGAUAUGCACUUUGCAUAUUAGUACAGAUACAAUGUCACUCUUGUAUUUAUUCACUGAUCUGUGCGGAUUAUGGUACAAAUUGUAGUAUUUGUUAAAUGUUUAUGGGCAUGUGUUUUAAGGUUUUAUUCAAGCGGGCAAGGUCCCAAAAGUUUGAACUGUUUCAACUGGGGCUAGCAGGUAUGGAUUUAUUGUUCAAAUACCAUGUUAAAGAUAUGGACAAAAGAGGUACACAGACCACAGACUGAUGCGUGUUAUUCUGGAAAGUUUGGAUAAAAUUUACCUCUAAUGUUCUAACUUUUGUUUUUAUUAUUUUUUGUAGGAAUGUGUUGGGGUAGGUUUAAGCCAGACUGGUUUGCAUUAUCGUAGUUUUCUCGCGCUUUGCACCAACCGCACAUCUUUUGAGGAACGUGAAUUUUUUGUUAAAGUUGCAGUUAGGUUUAGCAGUUAUGCCAAUACACCUUUUUAUGAUUAUUGCCUUAUAGGCUUGGAAUGUCACAUUUUCAAAGCACCAUAGACGCUAUGCUGCUUGGACAGUUGAGUUGCAAUGUGAGUUAAGCUUUUUCUCAAUGCAGUCUGCCGUCCUGUCAGUGCCAACCAGAAUUUUUUUGUUUUUGUUGUUCUAGGAUUUGCUGUAUUUUACUUAGAUUUCCUGCAGAUGUUUUCUUGUUUGAGUGACUAAUCUUUAGCUAUGUGCCGGACGGGACUCGCAAUCUCAGAUGUGUUCAUAUUCCGGUGACCGUUUUCGGGACAUUCUUAAUUACUUGGAUUUGCUUUGCUGAUUGUUGUUAAUAUUCUAAGCUCGCACAUUCGGCAUGGUGCCAUGCUACAAGCACAAGGUCAUAGCUUUGACUGGUUCACUCAGUGGUCGAGGACACUUUCAGCAGUGGCACAUUCAAGGCAAGGAGGACGUGAUCGUAGCUUUCGCUGCACUGGCCGUUUGGAGGAGAAUACAGUGUGCUAUAUAACGGUGUACCGUGUAAACACCUAGGCUACAGCACUCUCGCGAAACAGUAGCAAAUAACAUACUAACUGAGGCUCAACAAAGAGUCCUUAAAGAACUAAAAGUGUCGCUGGCUUCCACUUGUUUCCUAAACAAAAAAAAAAACUAAACUUUAGCCUUAUUAAGUUUUUUACAUCGGGUUUUUGUGCAACAGUCUCGUUCUUCCGUUCUGUUUUCUGUGUGGUGUAUUCAAAUGGAGGGUUUAUUUGCAUUGCUGUUUCAGUUCCUAUCUCAUCCAAGUCUUCUUCAAGCUUGCACGCAUAUGUCAUAGAAAGCGUCGCUUGCCGAGUGCCCAUCACUACAGAGAGAGUGGUAUUGAAGACGGUACUUUAAUAAGCUGGAAUGGAAAUGUUUACGUUAAUCUUCGUUAACCAUGUAUUGAUGUUUCGGUCCAUAUAGAACAGUGUAAAGCGAAUAAAAUGGAUGCACAUUA